UAACCAGGCCAGCUGAAGUUUUGCAUGCUUGCAACAUCAUUUAUCGAGGGAUGGCCGAUUUGUGAUUCAACUUCCCUAACCAACAUAAUUUAGUUUCGUUUCUGGUGCUUCAUGAGGGGACGCAGCUGCGUUCAGGUCACCAUUUGCAAGUCACCUGCCAUCCGUGUUCACGACGACACAUCACUCACAUAGGAUUAACAGGGCUUCAACAAGGACGGAACAGUCAAAAUGAGAAGUGGAUUUAUACUGGUAGUUGUAGCCGUCCUGGCAACGGCACUCACAUCAGCUGAAAGUAUUGACAAUGAUAAUGGAAAGCCACCCGCAAGUUUGGCCCCACCUUCUCCAUUUUCCAAUUCAUCAACCACAGCAAAACCUACGCCAACCACAGCAAAAACUACGACAACUACGGCAAAAACAACAACCACGGCAAAAUCUACAACCACGGCAAAAACUACGACAACUACGGCAAAAACAACAACCACGGCAAAAUCUACAACCACGGAAAAACCUACGACAACUACGGCAAAAAGCACGACAACUACGGCAAAAAGUACUACAACGACAGCAAACAGUACGACAACCACGGCAAACAGUACGACAACCACGGCAAAAAGUACGACAACGACAACAGCAAAAACAACAACCACGGCAAAAACUACAACUACAGGGGCCCCAACUCCUGCCCCUAAGGACUUGAGAGGAAAUUACACUGUCCAUGAUCAAAAAAACCACCUUUGUGUCAUGGUUUACGCAGCCCUUAAGAUUCGGGUUAACAACUCCCAGGGUAAUGGUGAAUUUGUCAUUCAGCCCAAUAAAACAAAAUCUGCUGGUGAAUGCAUGGAACCCAAGGCCUCCCUAAACGUUACAUUCGCGGAAGGAUACAUCCUGAUGAAGUUCACCAGGAGUGAUAAAACAAAGAUUGUGUAUCUGAACGCUUUGGACAUUAGCGUUACUGCCAAUUUCAAGAAAGGAGAACAGACCGUGAAAAGCAAAAAUGACUCAGUGACACUGUUCAACACCACGGUGGGUCACUCCUAUUCCUGCAAGGACGAGUCUGUCUUCAUGGGUGAUGGGGUCUAUGUGGAGUUCUCCCAGAGCCAGCUACAGGCCUUUAACUUUACCAGAGGAUACGAGUUUGGCAAGGCCGACCUGUGCAAAGCAGACCAGCCAAACUACACUGUGGCCAUUGCAGUGGGUGUGGUUCUUCUCAUUCUCAUCUUCAUCGUGGUUGUCGCGUACCUGAUCAGUAGGAGAAGAAGAUCGGAUGGAUAUCAGUCUCUCUGAAGCCCCCCUACCAAAGAGAAUGUCCAUCUGUACCUUAGUAAAAAUAAUUGUUAUUGGAGGAUAAAGAAUGUUGUUUUGAAAGGCAUGGUGGGUACUAAAGGCUUUACACAAAGGCUGCUGCCUUCCUGUGUCAAUUCAGUUUCAGUUCAGUCAAAACAAGGAACGAGAAAGCGAGAAAUCACUUCAGUUGUUUUUGAAUUCCGCCCACUGUUCACAUUAAGGUUUUUCCAGUGCAAGAGCUGAUGUCAGUCUCCGCUGCUUUUCUAAACUGACUGAGCUGAAAAUGAAUUGACCCCCCCAAGAAAACAUUUAACUCUGAAAACUUCCCUUUUCAUUUCAGAACUAGCUUCUCUUACUGUAACCAAUCCAGUUUGUAUAGCGACUAACAAGCAUUUUUACAAAGAUACUAUUUUUACAGAGCACCAUCAAAGCAAAAUACACAUUUAGAUUUAGAAACUAAUUGGCUAUUCACUCGAAUCACACCAAGGUGAAACUGACUGCGUAACGCAAUAUUAAUUAUCUACUUUUGAUGCUGUUGGGGCCACCAGCUGUUGAGGACUUAGUCUAAAUGCUUUCUCUCUCUCUCUCUCUCUCUCUCUCUCUCUCUUUUUUUGUUAUUGCAGAGUAGUGCCUUAAAAAAACAUUAUUCCACCCAAAAGUACAUUUAGUUUAGAUAUCUACAGGAACAUUUGUUUUGGUUGUGAAUAUCCCAUUUGAAAAAGCACUUUAACCUCUGGUUGAAAAGUUUAAUAAACAAUCUUAAAAGGGAAAAUAUAAUUUGUUUACAGGGAAUAUUGAGGGUUAUCAUUUCCUUGUGGUUGAAAAAAAAACCCUUUUAGAUUAAAGAGAUUUUAUUUUAUUAUACUUAUGGACAUUAAGUGAUUAUAAGAGUAAUUAUAAGAGGGAAAAUAUACACUGAAAUGUGAUUAAAGGGAAUGUAAUAAAGGUUGUGGGUUUUUUUUUUUUUUUUUGGUAAAUGUGGAAACUGAUGACUAAUAUGUGGCAUGAUCAUCUAGAGCCAAAUAAUGUCUAUGAAUAAGGGAAAGAAAGCCAUUGUUAGAACAGAGUACAGACCAUCACUCUCCAUAGAGUUGUGUUGUAGGCUAUAUUUACUGUUUUUUUCCAAAAUCUGUUUAUUUAAACAUGUUAUUGUAAUACAUGUGUAAGAUCAGGGGGAAAGGGCAGUAGCGCAGUGCUCAGCUGUAAGCUUGAUAAAUCAUAACUGUCACGUAUUUCGCCAUUUUUUUUUUGUAUUUUCCAAAGUAACUGUUCUUAGGAGUUAAUAUGUCACUUAACAACCCACAUACUGAAUCUUACCCAAAUUUACUCUCUGUGUAAUGACGUCAUAACCUGCAAACUGAAUCAUGAAUAUGAGGUGUCCCACUCCGCACUGACAGAAUGCUUCUAGAAAUUUCUCCCUUGCUUGUUUGCUCUUGAAUAUUUGUAUUUGCCAAAUUUUAAAACAAGUGGGAAAAUAUGCUGACUGACUGUUAGAUUUUUAGGCCUACUUCUGUGUUUGAUCAUUCUUACUGUGUGUUUUUGUAUACAUUAUGUUGAUUGAAUAAAAAAUAUAAU